CUGCGCUUUCGUCUUCCUCGGAGACUCUGUUCCUAGAGAGAGAAAGUAGAGAGAGAGAGAGAGAGAGGGAGGGAGAUGAGCAGGAACAGCAGCAGGCUGAACUCGGUGUUCUACGCGGAGUCGUACCACCCGAUCCAGGCGGGCAGCAUCGACGGCACCGACGUCCUCCCCCACGACAACGCCGUCUACCGCGCCCACCUCUGCUCCUCCGCCGGCCUCUAUGACCCGUUUGGCGAUCCCAAGGCCGUGGGCGACCCCUACUGCACCCUCUUCGUCGGGCGCCUCUCCCACUUCACCUCCGAGGACACUCUCCGCAAGGCUAUGAGCAAGUACGGUCAUGUGAAAAACUUGCGCUUGGUCAGGCACAUUGUGACUGGUGCCUCAAGAGGUUAUGCUUUUGUUGAAUAUGAAACUGAAAGAGAAAUGAGACGUGCAUAUAAGGACGCGCACCAUUCUUUCAUUGAUGAUUCUGAAAUUAUAGUUGACUAUAACAGACAGCAAUUGAUGCCAGGAUGGAUCCCGAGAAGGUUAGGAGGAGGCCUUGGUGGUAGGAAAGAGUCAGGACAGCUUAGGUUUGGAGGACGAGAAAGACCAUUUCGAGCUCCUCUUCGCCCAAUCCCAUUGGAUGACUUGAAGAGGCUGAGCAUUCCACCUCCUCCAGAGGGACGGUACAUGUCUCGCUUUGAGGUUCCUUCACCCCCUAGAAGAGGACAGGGUUUGUUCGAUAAGGAAGAAGGAUCUUACAGAGGCUCUGGGAACAGAGAAGAGCAUACUCACAAAAGAAACUCUGAGGACAGGGAAGAUCGCAUGCAUGGGAGGAGCCCUGAUGAUACAUUAGAUCACUCUUAUGACAAAAGUUCCAAGGAAGAACAUCGCCAUGACAAGAGGCGUCAUAAGGAUCGGGAGUUUUCCAAUUGGAAGAGCUCAGUGGAAUUAGAAGAGAAGCACCGUUACAGAAGCUCUGUGGAGAAGGAAGAAACUGUAAGAAGCUCUUUGGAUGGGGAAGAGCGCUCUCACAAACGGAGCUCCAUUGAUGACGACGGACGUGUCAAGAAAAGGAGCAGAAGAAGUUCAUCGGAGAGAGAGGAUCAUAAAGAGAGAGACUCUUCUGAUAGAGAGGAGCGCCAUCACAAAAGCAGGUCUCGAGAUGAGAAAGAAUGCUCUUAUGAGCGUCACAAACAUCGCGAGAGAUCUCAUCAGCGUGAGGGGAAAAGAUCAAUCAGUCAAGACUAUCCAUCUGAUUAUUGAUUUUUGGGCUCUCAUUUGGUUUGAUUCCCGAGAAAGAUGCACUAGGAACUGCUUUUUGCUUGCCUUCUACAGAGUGUAAUUCCCCACCAUGCAUCCGUUCAUGAUGAAGUUUGCUUCGCUUUUUAGGAGAAUGAUGUGUAUAGAGAUUUUAAGUAAUUUUACCUCUCGUGCCGACACUUCCUCGACAUUACUACAACGAAGCCACAGAGAGUGACCAGCGGAGACUUUUGCAGAGGACGGUUUGCCGGUCUUGAGGAACUAGAGGUGUUAGAAACUCGGUUAUUGAUUGCACGAGAGAUGGUCGUCUUGUUUCUGUGAUUGAGUUUAACCAGAGGUGUGAAUACGAAGGGCAUACUGAGGGAGACUUCACCAUCCGGAACACUUAAUUCCUUCUUGGGGUAGUCCAUCUGCGUCACAACUUUUAGAUGCCAACAAUUGUCAGUCAAAGUAACUCUUUAAUUGGAUAUAUGACGGAUCGUGCUCCAGAUUGGCGAGGAAAAUUGGAUUGUUAUCGCAUAAGCGCAGUCUAAAGCACCUUUUCA